UUUUUUUUCCACUUCUUCAAGUUAAGCCAGCAGAAAUCUUGUAGUAAACCCACGUCAACGAUAAUAAAUUAUGUUCUGUUUCAGUAAACGAUAGAGUAGAUAACGAAGAUAAAAAGAAGAUUGAGCCGAUAUGACAAUGUCUGUGUAUAGUACAGCCCAUUCCGUUAAAUACCAGACAGAAUAAGAGGAGUCUGCUCAUUUGUCUCCAUGUCUUAGCACUUGAGAACAUUUAUAAUUUGUAUUUCAAAUAGGAGAUAAGACUAUCUUAGUCAGUUUCGUUUGUGUCCAUUGGAAAAUUCGGUCUCUUGAGAGAAAACAAAACAUGGAUCAACGAAUCUUUCUUCUCUUCACCAUCAUUACCUUGUCAACUGCUGAAGUGCAAACAGGUUGUGUUUGGCCAGAGACAAUCCAAUCAGACGGCAACUGCUUUAAACACUUCACCACAAUCUUCCCAUGGCCAAGCGCUAAGGCCAAGUGUCAGUCCUAUGGCGGGGUCAUGGCCUCCAUCAGAACAACCAAUCAAAUGUCACAGGUGGCGCAAUCAUCGGCAGGAGUUUACGACUACAUCUGGAUUGGUGCAAGUAGCACGGACGACGUUUGGAGGUGGGUGGAGACAGGCCUGGGGGUCAAUGAACUGCCCAUCACCCAACAGACCGCUGGCCCUAAGACAAGCAGUGCAUGUGCCGUCAUGUCAACAAAAAAUCUGGCACUUUACGAGAUGGAGUGUUCGGAGAAAUUCACUUACUUAUGUAUGGAGAAAGGUGCUGACAGCUUAAAUGCAAUCAUUUCAACUACCGCAGCAAAUACAACUACGACAAGAACUACACCAACUAUCAUAACACCAUCAAUGACACCCAACUACCCAAUAACACCGCAGUCCAAAAGCUCAACAGUCAAAAACAUGACACCGUCUACUACACAAUCAACAACAUCACCCACCCAGUCAAUCUCUGGAACUACAACAUCACCCACCCAGUCAAUAUCUGGAACUACAACAUCACCCACCCAGUCAAUCUCUGGAACUACAACAUCACCCACCCAGUCAAUAUCUGGAACUACAACAUCACCCACCCAGUCAAUCUCUGGAACUACAACAUCACCCACCCAGUCAAUAUCUGGAACUACAACAUCACCCACUCAGUCAAUAUCUGGAACUGAAGCUAACACUUUAAAAACCGCUAUAGCAAAGUCACCUGAAGUCACCACAAUCCUAAAUGUGCUAUCUACACGCUUUACAGCAGCAUCAUAUACAUCCAUCCAAGCAACAACAUCCACAAAUGGAGCAGUCUGGUAUGAAUCAACACAGGCAGAAACAUCAACUGAUGAAUCAACACAGGCAGAAACAUCAACUGAGAACAACUUUUCCCCUCUGAUUCCGCAUGAUUUCACCCUUAUUACAUUUACUUUAAUUGGCUUUAUGCUUUAAUUGCUCGAGUUACUAAACACAAUAUUUAUCUUAAUUCUAACAACAUUUUAAUCAAUUCUAGUUGC